CGCUCCCUUCAAACCCACCAAAACGGUAUAAACCUCUUUUCUUUUCUGUUAGCUCUCAAAACCCUAAAAUUCUCUCCACUCACAAACAAUGGCUGAACCGAGUCAGCUGACUCAGCAUAUUGAAUCUUUUGUUGACUCAUCACGCUCCUCUACUCAGCAGGCUGCAAGUUUGGAUGCAAUAGUUUCCUUCGUGAAGAAUGAUAUAGUAACUAUACCAUCACUGGUUAAGGAGAUGGAGAUGUAUCUGACUACAACAGAUAGCAUAAUCCGUGCACGAGGCAUCCUUCUUCUUGGAGAAGCAAUUAAAUGUCUUUCAUCAAAGCCGCUGGAUGCUGCUACUAUUCAUAGCUUGAUGUCUUUCUUCAAAGAGCGACUGGCAGAUUGGAGAGCUUUACGUGGUGCACUUGUUGGUUGUUUGGCAUUGGUGAAAAGGAAAAGUGGUGGUAUGGUCACUAGCAGUGAUGCUAAAGGAGUUGCAGAGUCUUUUUUGCAAAACUUGCAGGUUCAGUCUUUAGGACAACAUGACAGGAAGCUUUGCUUUGAACUUAUGGAAUGUCUGCUAGAAUACUAUCCUCUUGCUGUUGCUUCUCUGGGCGAUGAUCUAAUUUAUGGAAUUUGUGAAGCUAUUGAUGGAGAAAAGGAUCCUCAAUGCCUAAUGCUAGCAUUUCACAUUAUGGAGGUUCUAGUGCAAGUGUUUCCUGAACCUUGCAGUCCCAUAGAAAGUUUUGCUAGUGAUCUUUUUGGCAUUUUGAGCAGUUACUUUCCCAUUCAUUUUACACAUGCAAAAGCUGAGGAGGAUGUUGAGGUGAAAAGGGAUGAUCUUUCAAGGGCAUUAAUGCUUGCAUUCUCAUCCUCCCCUCUAUUCGAGCCAUCUGUCAUUCCAUUGCUUCUUGAGAAACUUUCUUCCUCCCUAUCAUCCGCAAAGGUUGAUUCUUUAAAGUACCUUAGCUAUUGCACAUCAAAGUAUGGAGCAGAAAGAAUCGCAAAACAUGCUGGAGCUAUUUGGUCUUCACUGAAAGAUGCAAUAUUUACUUCAGGACAAUCAUUUGUGUUAUCCUUCACCCCAGAAUCCCUAGGUGGUCUAGGAUGUCAGGAGAAUGAAAUAGCAGCUGAAGCACUGGCUCUACUGGAAAAGGUUGUUAUCCAAAAUAGUAAUUUGUUCUCAAGUAUGAUUGUUGGUGAUGAAGAAAUAAAUAUGGUUUUGAAUUCCAUCACUGGCUACCAGAGUUGCAAUGAAAUUCCCUUGCAAAGCACACAGAAACUGUAUUCAGUUGGUCGUAUCCUUUAUGUUUCUGUGAAGGCAUCUGUUGCUUCCUGCAGUAGAAUUUUUCAAUAUUUCUUCUCCUGCUUGAUGGAGAGCAUGGGGCUUCCAGUUGUGAAUGGAUCUGGGACUUGCUCUUUUAAUGAUGACUGCAUGAUCUCCAAAAGACCUAAUCAUGGAUCUCUUUAUCUCUGUGUUGAACUUCUUGGAGCAUGCAGAGAUUUGGUCAUCAGUUCUGGUGAUCUUGCAUCACAAUGUGUUUCUGCAAGUGAGACAUGGUGCUGCUUGCUUCAGAGAUUUUCUACCUCUUUAAGCAUGAUUUUUAGUUCAACCCUGGCAACAAGUACAGACAAGCCUGCUCAUGACGCGGAUGUGUAUCUUGCAGUGAAGGGUUUGCAAAUUCUAGCUACAUUCCCUGGAGGCUAUUUACUGGUAUCAAAAUCUACAUGUGAAAGUAUUUUGAUGACCUUUGUAUCUAUUAUCACUGUUGAUUUCAACAAGACAUUGUUGUGGAAACUGUCGGUGAAGGCAUUGGUUCAGAUUGGCUUGUUUAUUCAUGGCAGUAAUGAGUCUGAGAAGUCAAUGAGCUAUAUGGAUAUUGUUGUUCAGAAGAUUGUUUCAAUGAUAUCAUCUGAUAAUCAUGAUGUACCAUUUCAACUCCAACUGGAAGCCAUCUCUGACAUUGGCACAAGCGGGCUGAAAUAUAUGCUGAAAAUUGUUACUCAAUUGCAAGAAGUUAUAUGUGCCAAUCUAGCUGAGGUUUAUGUUCAAGGAAAUGUGAAAUCAGCAAAGGUCAUAAUUCAUCUUUUGGAAUGUUAUUCAAAUGAGUUGCUUCCAUGGAUUCAGAAAUAUGAAGUUUUUGAGGAAGUCUUGUUCCAAUUUGUUGUCAGCAUAUGGAACCAAAUAGAAAAUUGCAUGGCCUCUUCUGAUGGGAUCCGUGAAAAAGAGCUUCUUGAUGCUACAAUGAAGGUGAUGAAGCUUGCUGUUGCUUCUUGUUCCGUGGAAAACCAGAACAUAAUAAUUGAUAAAGCUUAUACUGUACUCUCAUCCAGCACUUUCUUAUCAACGAAGGAUCCCUUGUCCUCUCUUCAAGCUCAACUAGAAGAGUUAGAAGAUACUCAAGAAACAGACAAAUUUUCCAGUAGAGAUGAGUGGAUUCAUUCUUUAUUUGCAUCAGUAAUUAUAGCACUUCAUCCUCACACACGCAUUCUGAAUAUAAGAACAGUAGUGCAUUUUCUCAUGAUUGUGUUCCUUAAGGGCUAUGUAACAGCCGCUCAGGCGUUAGGUUCUCUAGUUAACAAAUUGGAUCUAAAGACUAGUGGAACAGAGUAUUCAGGUGGUUGUACCUUUGAAGAAGUAAUGGAUAUAAUCUUUGGUAAAAAAUUAAGUUCUUCUGACCAUGUUCCUGCUGGGAGAUCUGGUAUUAUCACAGGCUAUUGGAGUGAGACAGGUCUCACUAACUUGUGCCUUGGUGCUGCAAACAGUGGUUUGGUUAAAAGUUGUUCCAUUGUUGGGUUGUCAUGGAUCGCGAAAGGUUUGCUUAUGCGUGGACAUGAAAAGGUUAAAGACAUAACUAUAGCUUUUUUAGAGUGCCUGCAAUCAAAUGGCAGAAUGGGUGCCUUGCCAUUGGAAGAAAAUAAUUGCAACUGGGAUAUGCGACUGUCUACAAUGAAAUGUGCAGCAGAUGCAUUUCAGGUUCUUAUGAGUGAUUCUGAACUUUGCUUAAACCGCAAAUUUCAUGCAAUAAUACGACCACUUUAUAAGCAACGAUUUUUCUCCACCAUAAUGCCCAUCCUGCAGUCUUUGAUAAUUCAGUCCGACUCAUUACUCUCAAGAUCUAUGCUGUAUCGGGCUUUUGCAAAUGUUGUCACUGGCACCCCAUUGAUUGUUAUCUUGAAUGAUGCAAAAAAGUUAAUUCCAAUGGUGCUGGAUAGCUUAAAGUUGUUGAGCAAGGAUGUUUUGGAUAAAGAUGUAAUGUAUAGCCUUCUGCUAGUCCUGUCAGGCAUUUUGACUGAUAAAAAUGGACAAGAAGCUGUAAUAGAGAAUGCUCAUAUUAUCAUCAAUUACCUCAUAGGGUUUGUCACCUACCCUCAUAUGAUGCUUGUCCGGGAGACAACAAUUCAAUGUCUUGUUGCCAUGUCAGAGUUGCCUCACACAAGGAUUUACCCCAUGCGAAUCCAGGUGUUGCAAGCUGUAUCAAAAGCUCUUGAUGAUCCAAAGAGGGCUGUUCGUCAAGAAGCUGUUAGAUGUCGGCAAGCGUGGUCAGUGAUUUAGAUAUAUACUUCUGUAGGUUGAAACGAUGUAUCUACUACAUGUGCAUGUUCUUGCUUGCACAAGUCGAUUUCAUAGUGGGAACUAAUUACAUCGUAAUUGGUUCCUCUGCCAACAUAGGGCAUCAAAUGCAUCAAUCCCAAAGCUUCCUUGGCAAAAUGAAUCUGUUGACAUGAUUGUUUUUAUUAUUAUGUCUCAUUGUAAAUAUCUUGCACACUGAAAAAAAAUGCUUGAUAUGUUUUUCCCAAUUAUGAUGGACAUGAAAGUUGACCAUAAAUAUAUAUUUUUAAAAUAGGUAAGUACAUGCCUCUCCUUCCCCAUCAGAUUGCAUGGAUUUCGGUU